AUGCCCGCCUUCAUUUCGAAAGGCAAGCGCUCAACCUGUUACGUCAUCCACAACCAUAAAGUCAGUCGUGAGCAACCUGCCUCCAACGGUGUUCAUGAUAACCACGGGACCGAGACCCAUUUCUCCGGUGGUUGCGGGACCGAGAGUGAGCUCUCCAACGGUGACCAUGAGCGCACAGCCACCGGCGCGCAUGAGCUCUCCUUUGGGACCAGCGGUGACUCGAGUUGCCACCGCGACCCAGGCACCGGGGAAGGCUGCAGCAUGGUGCUCAUCCGUAGUGACAGUGGCCAACUGAUGCUGGUGUCCCAACAAGCUUUGGCUGCAGCCCAGGGCCUCGCAGCCAGAACUCCUGGAACUGGGACCUCCCCUAGCCCUAGGCCACCGACCACACAGGUGGUAGGGGCUGCUCCGACCCCUCCUGCAGGCCAGAUCCCCAGGCCUUUGAUCCGCCCAGUGGCCCCUGUCACAGUCACCCGUUCUCCUGGCCCUGGUCCUCUCAUCAUCCCAACCAAACCCACCAACACCCCCAGGGCCACACCCCCCACCAUCACACCUGAGGUCCUGGAGAAUGUGAAGAAGUGUAAGAACUUCCUGGUGACGCUGAUCAAGCUGGCCUCUAGUGGAACGCACUCUGCUGACAUGGCCAAGAACGUCCGAGAACUUGUCAAGAGCCUGCUGGAUGGGAGACUUGAACCUGAGGAGUUCACUGACCAACUCUACCGUGAGCUCAAGUCUUCUCCCCAGCCCUACCUGAAAAGUCUCCCAGCUGUGCGGCAGCUCACCCCCAACCCACAGCUCUUCAUCCAGGAGGUUGACCAACCGAAGCCACAGGCUCCAGCCGCCUCCAAGGCCCCGGCAUCCAAAGCCCCGGCCCCCACUGCAGGCCGCACCCCUACCCUCCUCUCCACCAACUCUAGGCCUGCCCACCUCAGCACUGCUAGUGGCCAGUCAAUCAAAUCCACCCAGCUAGUGAUCCAGCAGCCUAGAGGUGUGGUGUAUAAGCCUGCUGUGACAAACCCCGCCCCGGCCCGUACAUACCUGUCUGUUCAGAACAGGAGCCUGGCCAAACCUAUGGUCAUACAGUCAGGACAGCACUACAACACAGGUGCUGUUGUCAGGCGGACUCCUUUCUUGGUCCCGCCGCCUCCAGCCCAGAGACACCCCUUCAAGGACAGUGUUGGUUCUUUCAGGGAGGAGGAUGACAUCAACGAUGUGGCCUCCAUGGCUGGGGUCAACGUGAGCGAGGAGAAUGCGCGUAUCCUAGCAUCCAACUCAGGGCUCAUGGGCUCUGUGGAACGAUCCUGUCAGGACAAACCCUUCCUGUCCCCAGCCCCGCUGCUCACACACAUCCUCCACACUGCUCUCACAGGUGAGAAGUUUGGAUUGUCCGAGGUGGGGUCAGAUGUGGUCAGUCUGGUGUCUCACGCCACACAGGAGCGUCUCAGAGACCUGUUGGAGAAAGUCACAGUGGUGGCACAGCAUCGCAAGAUGGUCCUCAAGGAGGACUACAGUCACGUUCAGACCAGUGACGUGCGUUCCCAGCUCCACUUCCUGGAAGAGCUGGAACGUCUGGAGAAGCAGAGGAGAGACGACGAGGAGAGGGAGACACUGCUCCGCGUCGCCAGGAGUCGCUGUAACACUGAUGAUCCAGACCAGCAACUACUGAAACAACGGGCCAAAGAGCUCCAGCAGUUGGAGCAGGCUCAGCUGCAGCACAGAGAAGCCAACCUCACUGCCCUGGCUGCCAUCGGACCUCGCAGGAAGAGACCACUGGACUCCAAUGGAAACCAGGUGGGGCCAGGUGGCAUUAUGUCAGUACUACAGAGGGCUGGGGUUCAGAGAGUGACUGGGGUCUCUCUGAGGGACCUACUCUUCUGUCUGGAACAGGACCCUCCUCUACGACACUCUCUCACUCUCUACAAGGGCCUGCUCAGAUAGUUUGUGUGUGUGAGAUACUAUCACUCUCCCCCACCAUUUGUGCCAGAUUCUAUGCCUUACCACUCUUUCAGAUGUUGUAUAUUAUAUUUAUUUUGAUAUUUUUAUUUUGUUGAUAUUUUUGUUAUGUAUUUUAUUUUCUAACAAUUUGUAGCACAGUCAGCAAUGUAACUGAAUUCUGCUGAUUCAUGCUGAGAAAAGAUUGUAGUCAGGUUGGCAGGACCAAACAUUUUUAUAUUGCACUUUUUGAGAAGGGCAACUCUGUGAGAGAAGAGGUCAGAACAGUGGAAGUCAGCUCUGUGUUACAGCCUAAAGCAGUGACCCUCUGCCCUUAGUGUGAUUCAGAGAGUGUUCUGUGGUGAGGUCAUUGACUCUUCCUUGUUUUUUCAGUUUCAUGCUAAUAAUAUCACAGACAGACAGCCAUUCCUUACUGAUGUUUACAUGGUUGACCUGAUGAUUGUAAACCUGUGACAAUUUAAAAUAAGUUAAUAGCAAACCCUAGUUGAGUGUCGUACGGUGUACUUUUACAGUCUAACAGGGAUUCUUUGUUUAUUUCCACAUUACUCACACAUUUUCAUGAAAAUGUUAUGCUUCAUAAUUGAUACCUUUUUUAGGUUGUCACUUGGAGGGGAAAAUAGUGAUCCUUCAGAGCGUGUGUGGAAAUGUGUGUCAGAGUUGUGGAUGUGUUUUUGAGAUUCAUUAUUCCUCUAUUUUUGAAUACAGAAGAUAGGAGCUUUAAGGCACAGAAGUACCUUUUGGCUAUGAAAUACAGAGGGUGGAAAGAAUGAAAUGGAUCAGAAUUCUUUCAGCUGAAAAGACUGCUGACCUCUAACUUAACACUAAGCUAGGCAAACUAACAGUGUGCCAGUUAAAGAAGGAUCUGAUAGUGGAAAUGAAUGCUGACCAUUAAUGUGGAGGUUAGCUACUUAGACUGUUUCAUAUAACUGUGCCAGUUAUAGCAAAUGGUUAGGGAGUAUUUUAAUUCAUGUGAUUUACUGAUUGAUUAGGUGAUUGCUGAAUUAUUGAUCAUCGUCGACAACGUUAACAAGCUCAUAUGUCCCACUGCUUCCUGUUCCUGUCUCAGAUCAAAGACAAGCCCCUCCCUCUGACAGCUUGUCAAAUCCAGGAAGACAAAGGCACUUUAGUGUACUUAAUGAAUAUGUAUAAGCAAAGCAUGAAUAUUAACUACUUUCUGCUCAACUCUGAAGCAGGUGGAAUAUUUACCAUGCCACCUAAAAUGAAUGCAAACCUCCCCCUUAACUUUCCGGUUUCAAUUAUACGGUGAUGGUAGGUUUGUCAUCUGAUCUGUGAUUGCUAGAGAAAGACUAGCCUAACUAAAAUUAACAUUUUGUGAAUAUUCUCAUAAUUUACAGUUUCCUGAAUAACUAAUAGACACACACAUGCAUACUUUUUUGUAUGAAACAUGUUUUUACAUCCUUUUGGUACAGUCAUUCAUUUAUGAAAUCAAAUUUCCUUUAGUGUGACAGAGACAGUUUUGAUACAGAUCUCAAGUCCUCUGCUGCGCUAAUGCUCAGCAUAAAACAUGCAACAAUUCAAUCUCUGACAAGACAAAUCUCUUUUAUCAAUGUGAUGAAUAUAAAAUGUUGAAGAACCUCUUCAGAAUUCCAUUGUCAUAAGAUUAAGACUUAACAUGUGAAAACCAUAUUUUUGGUUUAUAAAA